AUGCCCAGCGUCCCAGGCUUGACGAGGCUGCUUCCACAGCAUGGCGGGAGUCUCAACGGUGCUUUUACGACGACGAACUGCAAACGAACAGGUCAGGAACAGCUUUUUAUGGUGCCAGCCUCGGUGCAUCUCAUGUUCUACGAAGCUGAAGAGAAGAAUGGAUCGCAGUCAUUGGAGAUGAUGCACGGCAACACACUCCCAAGGGACCAGUCGGACCAUUCGCCACGAGAGGUUUCAGAUGUUUCUUCCAGUGACCAAUCCUGGAGUCUGCUGGAGGAGGUGCAAAGCCGUACCAAAUCGCUUGCCACCGAAAUCAAAGUUGUGGAGAGAACCAUUGAGGCCGUGAGUUCCAAGGUGGACCUCGUGGAGACAAAGAUAGACCAGAACCAGGAGGUCUUACUCGCAAGGUUGGCCGCGUGCCUGGACCGGAUCGAGAAGCCGUGCCGGGAGAACCAAGCCGAGCAGCACGUGCCGGACGAGAAGUACCAGAUCCUGCUGCAGAAAGUGGCAGCUCUUGAGGCUGACAGUGCCAGGAAGAUGGAGGAGUCCCAGAAACAGAUCCGCGACUUGCAGGAGAUUGUGGCGGAAAUGAAGGCAGAUCAGUUGACACCUCCAGGGCCCACCCACAAGACCUUCUAUGUACAUUGGAAAAACAUUGCACCAGGAGGAUAUGUUAUUGCGGAGUUGGCUUUUUUCAAUUGGCCCCUCAGCAUGACUGCUGGCAAACUUCUAGAAGAGGUGGUUUGCCGAUUGAGCCGCCGUAGCGAGGGAAAGGAUUGUGAUCUCCAGAAGAAGUUGAAGGAGGGCAAACCCCUCCUGAUGCUGGGGGAUGUGGGUGGUUCCUCUGCCAGCCGGGCGCGGGCGCCUUCGAAGGGCGUGGACUUCGAGGAAGCGCUGGGCGAUGAUGUGCCCAUGGAGCUGUGGACGCGACAGCUGCGAGGCUCCUUCCACCGCUCGGUGCUGGCCUUUCCCCCCAAGCCACGCAGCGGCUGCACGUGGACGGCGCUGGGCGCUGGACGGCUGCUGCUGCUGGGGGGACGCAGCCAGGGGCGCUGCCUGGCCGAUGUGCACAUUCUGCAACUGCAGGGGCCCAAAAUGCCUUCGAAGACUGACAGGAGCCCAAAAAGCGAGGACAGAGGGGAAGAUAGCGACAGCGAGGCGGAAGCCAUCUUUUUCGCCUCGUAUCGUGCUGCCUGUGGUUCUGGCAAGCCGCCCAAAGCACAGAAAAGUCCUCAGGAGAUGGUGAAGCGACGAGGCUCAGACUCUGAGACAGAUUCCGAGGAGGAACCUGAGAGGUCCAAGAUGUCAAACCUCAGCCGUGCCAUGCCUUGCAGCACGCAGGAAGUCUUGGCAAUGGCCUCGCAGGUGAAAAAAAACACCAAGCCCCAGCGGGAAGAGCCGAAGGGCCUGCCAGCCCAAAGUCGCAGAAAGAGUGGAGGUGAUGACUUCCCGGAAGCGCGCUGGAGACAACCGCAGGCGUUGGAAGAACACACACCGCCGAGGCCACGUGCAGGGCACAGCGCGGUGCUGCAGGUGCCUGUGCUUUGCGGCGAGACCCCUGCGGUGCUGGUGUACGGCGGCUUGGGAGACGGUGGGCUUCCUUUGGGCGAUACCUACGAGCUUCGUAUCCUUGAAACAGAGGAUCAAUCCCUGGAGUUUGUUUGGAGCCUCUUGGACGCCGGAGGCAAGGAGCACUGCGAGACAGCCCCUUGGGAACACCAAAGUGCGCCCAGGCCGAGGGCAUGUCACUCUGCGGUGUUUUGGUCUGGAAGUCAGCGAAGCAUGGUGGUGUUUGGUGGUCUUGGCAUGGGGUUGGAGGGCGAACCGAAAGCUCAAGGGGAUUGCUGGCUGUACCUUGUGAGUCAACGAAGUGCGCAGGCAGUUGGUGGCUGGAAGCGUCCAACACUGACAGGCGGCGCCCCAGCGCGACGCUGGGGACAUGGCGCCUGUAUGGUGGGUGAUGCCAUGCUGAUCUGCGGGGGCAUGGAUGCCACUGGCCAGCUGGGAGAUUGCUGGCUGUUGCAGCUGCAGUCCAUGCGAUGGGAGCAACUAGAGACGUCCAUCCCCAAGGAGCUGGGCCGGUGCCAAGCACUUUGGUCUUCAUCAGAGCAAGCUGCCGUGAUUUGGAGCUGCCAUGGAUCUUGGUGUUUCGUCCCAGGAAAAGAGCCAGAGAAGGAGAAAUCCACCAACGCCUCUCCCUGGAGCUCCAAGUUCCCCAAACUGGACGACCUCAGGCUCCCAUUGGCAGACGCCAUGGCCCCAGCACCUGCCGUGGGGACGCCCAAGGCUUCGCUGCCCCCGGUGCGCGCGGGGCCGUGGAAGGCGUGCCGCGGCGAGGCGGAGGCCUUCCACCAGUCCUGGCCGCAGCAGGUCACGCCGCGGAAGGAGAAGCGCUCGGUGAACUCGGCCGUGGGACGGGAGCGGCCACGCAAGGCCAGCCGCGAGGUGCAAGGGCGGGAGCUGGGCCCGGUGAAACCGCCGAGGGCAAGGCCGCCCAUGAAGUGCUGAUGCGGCAAC